GGCAGAACGGGCCGGCGGAUAUUGGCUCGGCGACACGCCGAGGCUCCUCCCCGAGUCUGGAUCUUUAUAUUUUGGGAGAAUUUCUUUGAACUCAGUUACCACGCUGCGUGAAGGAGACAAGUUCCCACAGCCGGCUCGCCGGCAGGGGCGAGGCGAGGGCUCGCCCAGCUUCUCUGCAGGGGCCGCGUGCCCCCGAUUGUAUUCCUCCUUUCCCUGGUGGAGGAGCACGGACGUAUUCGGCUGAGGAAAAUGCCAAUUAUCUGGAUGUGACCGUGAAGAGAGAACGGGUGACUGGAGGAGGCAGAGGAGGAUGAGGAGAAGCAGUAUCUGAAGAAAGAAUAAACCACCUACUCCAACCCUUUCUGCAAAUUGGUGCUAUUGCUUCGGGGGUCCAUUUGCUUUUCUCCCCUCCCCCCAUUCAGAAACCUUGACUUGAGGGCCAAGACAGCCCCCUACAACGCGGGGACCCUUCUGGGUCGGAAGACCUUUUGGAUGUAGCGCUGGUGGAACAUUGAGACACUCUGCUGGAAAAGCCACCAUGAAUUCGGUAGCUGGGAAUAAAGAGAGGCUUGCAGUGUCCACCAGGGGCAAGAAAUACGGGGUGAAUGAGGUCUGCUCGCCCACCAAGCCCGCCGCAUCCUUCUCCCCCGAGAGCUGGUACCGGAAAGCGUACGAGGAGUCGCGCGCCAGCAGCCGGCCCACCCCCGAGGGCGCGGGCUCAGCGCUCGGCUCAUCGGGGACCCCAUCCCCCGGCUCGGGCACCUCGUCCCCGAGCUCCUUCACGGGCUCCCCGGGCCCCAGGGUUGUCCUGGUCCUGAGCAUGGCAGCUGAAGAAGUGGCCUCGAGAGUCUUCUCUGUGGUCCCACGGCGUGGACUAAAGGAUCGCUUUUUCUCUGCCAAGCCAGGCGAUGGGGCCUGA